CAGACAUGAAGAUUUUGAUGGUUAUGAUGUUGCCUUGUAUGCAAAAACAGGAAGAAGGCAUAUUGAUAACUUAACAGAAAUUUUCAGUUUACAACAAUGCAAAUGGCGGCAAUAAGGCGGCGACUGCUAUUGUCUUUUAUAUAUAUGAACAUACCAAACAAAACAAAAACCUUCAUAGCCCGCGAGUCUUCAUUUUUCUUCUUCAAGCUUCUGGAAAUUACAGUUGCAGUUAUGGUGUCAGCGUUCAUAGCAGGCGUUGCAGUAGCUGCUGCUGCUUAUGGCGGCAGAUACAGCAUCCAGGCUUGGCAGGCGUUCAAGGCAAGACCACCAACUGCUAAGUUACGCAGAUUUUAUGAUGGUGGUUUUUAUUCUGUCAUGACAAAGAGGGAAGCAGCUCUAAUACUUGGAAUCAGAGAAAGUACUCCAGUGGAUAUGGUUAAAGAAGCACAUCGGAGAAUGAUGGUUGCAAACCAUCCAGAUGCAGGUGGUAGUCAUUACCUUGCUUCUAAAAUAAACGAGGCAAAAGAUCUUUUGCUUCGAAGAGAAAAGGGUGGUGGAUCUGCGUUUUGAUGCCACUGAUUUAUUGCAUCUCCGUAGAUCAGUCUGCAAUAGUUCUGGAGGAUUCGAAGGCAACACAUCAUAUUCUUGAAAUUGCAGUGAUUAAAAAUUUGAGGGUCUUUGUGUAAUAAAUUUCUAUUUUGGACCUCAUAUAGAGAAUAUUCAUAACUGAUUAAAUUGCCAGAUGUAUACCGUAAUAACACAAUUUCUAAAGGUUUUUUCGAUUUUAAUUUAGCAACUGAUCCAGUGUUUCACUUGUAUCAUACACCAUCUAAAUCAAUAGAAAAAUUUACCUUAAUUUGCUCGAA